UAGCAUCAAGCGACAUACUCAGUGCGAACGCAGCAAUGGUGGCCGCCAACAAGAUCGUGGUGUGCGAUAACGGCACGGGGUUCGUCAAGGCUGGUUUCGCCGCCGAGAACUUCCCCAAGGCCAUUUUCCCGUCCCUCAUUGGACGCCCCGUGCUGCGUGCCGAGGAGGCCGUGCAGACGGACAUCCUGCUGAAAGAUAUUAUGUUCGGCGAUGAAGCCGCAGCCGUGCGGUCGAACCUCGAGAUCACGUACCCCGUGGAGAACGGCAUUGUUAAGAACUGGGACGACAUGGAGAAGUUGUGGGACUACACGUUCAAAGAGCGUCUGGCUAUUGAUCCCAAGGGCCACCGCAUCCUGCUAACAGAGCCGCCGCUCAACCCCAAGCGCAACCGCGAGAAACUGGUGGAAACCAUGUUCGAGAAGUACGGCUUCGAAGGCUGCAACAUCACCACACAGGCCAUGCUGACUCUGUACGCUCAAGGUAUCACCACGGGCGUGGUCAUUGACACUGGUGACGGUGUCACACACGUCGUGCCGGUCUUCCAGGGCUACGUGCCGCAGCACCUCAUCUGCCGUCUGGACGUCGCUGGUCGCCACAUUACCAACUAUCUCAUCAAGCUCAUGCUGCUACGUGGUUACCCGCUCAACCGCACGGCUGACUUCGAGACAGCGCGCCAGAUUAAGGAGAAAUGGUGCUACGUGGCUUACGACACGGCUGCUGAGCGUAAAUUGGCCUUGGAAACGACGAUCCUCGAGGAGUCGUACGAGCUUCCUGACGGUCGUGUGGUGCGUCUGGGUCGCGAGCGCUUUGAGGCUCCCGAGGCUCUGUUUAACCCGAACUUGAUCGACGUGGAGGGCGCUGGUCUGAGUGACAUGGUCUUUGACAUGUGCAUGAAGGCAGACAUCGAUCUACGCACGGAGUUCUUCAAGAACGUCGUGCUGUCUGGUGGUUCCAGCAUGUACCCGGGUCUGCCCAGUCGUCUGGAGAAGGAUAUUAAGCAAAGAUACCUCACGGAUGUGCUCAAGGGCGACAAGAGUCGACUGAGCAAGUUCCGCUUGCGCAUUAACGACCCACCUCGUCGCAAACAUCUGGUCUUCCAGGGUGGCAGUGUCUUGGCUGAUGUCAUGAAGGACAACGACGCCUUCUGGCUGCUCAAGAGUGAGUACGAGGAACACGGGCUGCGUAUUCUCGACAAGCUGCAGUGA